AUGGAGAAAUUCUGGUCAAUCGAAGAAGACAGCUCAAGCCCUAACUACUCGGUGGAGGAAACGGCGUGUGAAGAGCACUUUUGUCGAACGGUCUCUCGAACUCCCGAAGGUCGUUACAUCGUUUCUCUGCCUCUGAAGGAAGACAUCCUCUCUAACCUCGGCGACAAUCGUCGCACUGCUAUUCGUCGCUUUCGUCUCCUGCAAGGUCAGCUAGCUCGAAACGAUGAACUCGGCAAACAGUACCAAUAUUUCAUGGACGAGUACCAGCAGCUAGGUCACAUGGAACUUGUGCAGGAUUACCAGCAAGCGCAAUAUCCUUCUUACCAUCUUCCCCAUCAUGCCGUAGUACGAGAGGACAGCAUCACCACGAAGGUACGCGUGGUCUUCGACGGGUCGUGCCGUACACCGAAUGGACCAUCCUUGAAUGACGCACUCAUGAUCGGACCCAUUGUACAGGAAGACCUCCGAUCGCUGACUAUGCGAUCCAGAAUCCACCCGGUCCUGCUCAACGCCGAUGUCAAACAAAUGUAUCAGCAGAUUCUGACGGACCAACGAAGCAACAACCUGCAGCAUAUCGUAUGGAGUCCAUCAUCAGAAGCCCCUCUACAAAAAUACGAGCUAAAAAGCGUUACUUACGGUACCGCCAGCGCUCCGUUUCUUGCUACACGAGUGCUGCAGCAACUGGCUCAUGACGAGCAAACCGACUUCCCCGAAGCUGCCAACGUUCUUCGUAAGGACUUCUACGUCGACGACCUGUUUUCCGGAGCAAACACGGUAGAAGAAGCAAUCGCUCUACGAAAGCAGCUAGAAUCUCUUCUCAAAAGAGAAGGUUUCGAACUACAAAAAUGGGCAUCAAACGAACCAGCGGUUGUAGAAGACGUCCCGACCGAGAACAGGGCUCUCAAGUCAUCAGUUGACCUCGACAGGGAUCAAUGCAUCAAAACACUAGGGCUGCACUGGGAGCCAGCCACCGACGUUCUUCGCUACAAGACUCAACUUCCUCCGACUUCCACUACCGAAGCUCUGACGAAACGUGUCGCACUCUCGCAUAUAGCACGCUUAUUCGACCCACUAGGACUAGUUGGACCGGUCGUAACCUUAGCGAAAAUCUUCAUGCAGGCCAUUUGGACACUUGUGGACGAUGAAGGAAAGGCAUGGAGCUGGGAUAAAGAACUGCCAUCAGCUUUCAAAACUCGUUGGGAAUCGUACCAGGCGCAACUUCCUUGCCUCCACGAACUACGUGUGCAGCGUUGCGUUCUAUUUCCGUCACCAACGUCACUGCAGUUCCACAUCUUCACCGACGCCUCCGAUCACGCAUACGGUGCGUGUGUCUACAUUCGAUCAACGAACGCUAAUGGUUGCGUCAAAGUAGCGCUCCUGGCCUCCAAAUCAAAGGUCGCCCCUCUCAAGAAGCAGAGCAUUCCGCGACUCGAACUGUGCGGUGCACUCGUUGGUGCUCAACUCUACGAGAAGGUAAUGAAAUCUCUUCAACUGACAGCGGACACAUUUUUCUGGGUCGAUUCCACUGUAGUCCUCUGCUGGCUGAAAUCUUCUCCCUCUACAUGGACAACAUUCGUGGCGAACCGUGUAUCCAAAAUCCAGCUUGCUACCGAAAACUGCUCGUGGGAUCACGUCGCCGGAAUACAGAACCCAGCGGAUCUCAUCUCUAGGGGAACGACAGCAGAAAAUCUCAUCGAAAGCAGUCUCUGGUGGAACGGUCCCGACUGGCUACAACGUGAACUUGCCGUAUGGCCAAUAGCAACCAAAUCUAACCCUAAUCAACCCGAAGAAGCUCUGCGAGAAACCAAGAAGUCGUCAUUCAUCGAUGACCACGUCGGAAAGUUCUCCAACUACGCACGCAUGCUACGGAUUACGGCAUACUGUCUUCGGUUUCUGCAAAACUGUCGGCUUAAAACCACUCAGUGUCAAGCAGCGAACGACAACUACUACAACGACAACCUGUACCAGCUAAAUCUCGUCUUCGAUGGUUUCAUCCUUUUCUCGACAACAAUCAAGUUCUUCGAAUCGGCGGACGACUUAGCAACUCGCAACUUUCGUUCGACAAUAAGCAUACCGUCAUCCUACCAUCAUCACACGCAUUCUCAUCGCUACUGGUUAGAUCCUUUCAUCUUCGACAUCUUCACGCAGCGCCACAACUUCUUCGCACGCUUCCUGGUCUCCGGUAUUGGAUCAUAG